AUGUCUGCCGUCGCCCCCGUCAACCCCAAACCCUUCCUCCAAGAUCUUACCGGCAAGGUUGUGUAUGUCCGUUUAAAGUGGGGCUUGGAGUACAGGGGAUAUCUCGUGUCUACGGAUGGGUACAUGAACCUCCAGCUCGCAAACACUGAGGAGAUUGAGAAUGGCAAGUCAAAUGGUGCUUUGGGAGAAGUGUUCAUUCGCUGUAACAACGUUCUCUACAUAAGUAUUUACUGAUUGUCUACAUCUUUCGCCUCGCCAUUUAUCCCGCCCCACUUUAUCAACAAAUGAUUUUCCCACUGUACCAAUACCCGUCCCCACUACAUCCUCCAUUACGAUAAUUUCACAACUGCUUUAUCGUGGAUACAAAAACAACUCAACAGAGAAUCGAAGGACCGAGGAAUCGACCGAGAUUAAGAGAAACGGCGGGCGAGAGCGAGAGGGAUUAUUGUACCAUUAUAUUGGAACAAAGGGUUUGUUGAUGCACAAAAAUACCCGGCUUCCCUUCCAUCCCAGAGGAGAAGGAAAUCAGCAAUGACAAAGAAGAGCUGGGCAGAAACAAGAACCACU